UUUUGACUUUUGAAAUCAUUCAUUCAUUUACCGUCGAAUUUGAAAGAUGUAAAUUGUGUUGUGCGUCUGAAUCAUGGUAUAUUUUUUUUAUUUUUAGGAUGAAUAUUGAAUUCAAAGUUGUUUUCUGACAAAAUGAAAAGCAAACUGAAUCGAAUCGAAAAUGUUGUUCAUUUUAGUUUAUGGAUAUUAGCUUGUUUUUAUUCUUUAUACAAAUUACUUCGUGCUCAGACAGAAAUACUGGAGAGUAACCCUGAUCUUCAUUAUGAACUAAGAGACUUGAUACCGGGUUGGGGAUUUUUGUCCCGGUUCAAAGAUGAGGCUGAUGUUGAAUGGAGCACGUGGAAGUACCAUGUACAGAAUUCAUGGCUUUAUAUGCUGUUUCAAUUUGUUAUAUCUGAGACUAUACGAAGAUUUAAUGUCCAUUUAUUGAAAUAUUGGUACAUCUUGUCUAGUAUAAUUUUUAUUACAAAUUUUAUGGGAUUUAAACAGUUGGUAGUAAUUUUUGCUCAGCCUGUUAUAUUCUCAGCAAUUGUUUUUUCUGGUGGUGGAAAAAUUAGCAUAUGGCUAACAAGUAUUUUUCUGUUAGCUUUGUACAAUUCUAUGAAAUAUAAAUAUUUCUUUUGGUAUUUCUUGGAUACUGACCAUUUGAAAGAUGAAGAAGUGUUUGUCAUUUUAUAUGGUAUAGCCUGGGUUGAAUUGAGAUGUAUUAGUUUUUGCCUUGAUUAUGUAGACAGAAAAGAGAAGCUUGCAAAUCAAGCUCAAGAAAAGGAAAAACUAAAAGAAGCAUCAGUAUUUGAAGAAUUAAUUAACAUGUUUAGCUAUAUACUGUACCUGCCAUUGUUGUUUGUUGGACCAUUAAUACUGUAUGAAGAAUUUGAAAAAAGUUUCUGUGUAAAGAACGAAAAACUGACAAUGAGGCUUAAAUGUUUUAUUCUGGAAAUGUUGCGGUUCCAGAUUUAUACUAUUAUAUUGGAAUUAGCAUUUCAUUUUGUAUAUUUUUAUGCAAUGCAAAGUCAAAUUGAGGCUAUUCAUAAGAUGCCAUCAUUGGCACUCUGUGGUGGAGGACUUUGGAUGGGCUUGGAGUUUCAUAUGAAAUAUGUUAUAUCAUAUGGAACAGCAGCUGCUUAUUCUAGGCUGGACAAUAUUGACCCUCCGCCUACACCAAGGUGUAUUGUCAGGAUACAUGUUUACUCGCAAAUGUGGAGAUAUUUUGAUGUCGGUCUAUACAGGUUUUUGUUAAAGUACAUUUAUAAACCGGUUUUCACCACACUGUCAAAUUAUUUUACAAUGCCCAAAAUCACAAACAAAUUAAUUUCUUCUUUCAUCACAUUUGUGUUCAUUUUUAUGUGGCAUGGCACUAUGUGGAAUAUACUUGUAUGGUCAGUUUUAAAUUAUAUAGGUAUUGUUAUAGAGUAUGCUGGUAAAGCAGCCUCAAAAACUGCAAGAUAUACAUUAUUUAAAGAAAAAUAUCUUAAAACAGAUGCAAUGGAAGUGCGAUUUACUGCAUUUUUGUGUGCACCUCUAUUAGGUAUGUCUGCUAUAUCAAAUUUCUAUUUAUUUGCUGGCAGUGAAGUUGGUAAUCUGUACCUUGAACUACUCAAAUGGCCAUCACUGUAUAAUGCUGUGUUAGUCUACUCAUCUUUAUAUUGCUGUUGUCAUGUUGCUAUUGCUUUGAGUGCUGUUUCUUCUAGAACCGAUGUUAAAAAAACAGAAAUGAAGACUGUAUUUUAAUAUUUGUAUGUAACAUUUUUUUUUAAUAUUGACUGGAUUCAGUGUUGUUGUUUGGUUAGUAGUAUAUUUGAAGAAAUUUAAACAAAAGAGCUUACAUAAAUAUAGAAGAGUACACAGUAAUUACGUAUAAAUUUGCAUUGAAUUCACAAAAAAAACUCAUAAAACCCGAAAUUAUCUUCUGUUGUUUUUAGUUACCUACUUUGCUA